ACCACAGCGGCUCCAACCACAACCACAGCGGCUCCAACCACAACAACGGCUGCUCCAACCACAACAACGGCUGCACCAACCACAACCACAUCGGCUCCAACCACAACCACAGCGGCUCCAACCACAACCACAGCGGCUCCAACCACAACCACAGCUGCACUAACCACAACCACAGCGGCUCCAACCACAACAACAACUGCUCCAACCACAACCACAGCUGCUCCAACCACAACAACAGCAGCUCCAACCACAACCACAGAGGCUCCAACCACAACAACAGCAGCUCCAACCACAACCACAGCUACACCAACCACAACCACAGCUGCUCCAACCACAACAACAACAGCUCCAACCACAACCACACCUACAGCAACCACAACCACAGCUACACCAACUACAACCACAGCUGCUCCAACCACAACCACAGCUGCUCCAACCACAACAACAGCUGCUCCAACAACAACCACAGUUGCUCCAACCACAACCACAGCUGCUCCAACCACAACCACAGCUACAGCAACCACAACCACAGCUGCUCCAACCACAAACACAGCGGCUACAACCACAACAACAGCGGCUCCAACCACAACCACAGCUGCACUAACCACAACCACAGCGGCUCAAACCACAACCACAGCUGCUCCAACCACAACAACAGCUGCUCCUACCACAUCCACAGCGGCUCCAACCACAACCACAGCAGCUACAACUACAACCACAGCAGCUACAACCACAACCACAGCGGCUCCAACCACAACGGCUCCAACCACUACAACAGCAGCAACAACUACAACCACAGUGGCUCCAACAACA